AUGAAGAUACACGAGUCGUCCAGGGAACAUAUUCAUAAUCAUCUAGGAUUGAAAAACCUAGAAAAUAACUGUUCUAUUGUGGUAGAUGUUAUUAAUGGACAUGACCAUUUAUUUAAAAAAAAUUAUAACGAAAAUGUUCGAUUGAAUCGUUUAUUUGUGGAGCACUUGAUUGAUUUGGUUUUAUUUAUGGGAAAACAAGAGUUAUCAUUUAAUGGAAACGACGAGAGCAGUGAUUCAUCAAAUAAAGAUAAUUUUAAAGAAUUGUUCGAUAUGCAUAUGAUUAGGUGUUCUCAAGAAAUACAAAAUCAUUAUAAAAGUAUAAAAAACACAUUUAUGGGUUCAUCAAAGUCCGUACAAAACGAUUUGAUUUCAUGUAUUUCCGAAUUUUUAUUAAAUCACAUUAAAAGAGAAAUUAGACAAUGCGCAUUUUAUUCUAUUCAAAUUGAUGACACUAAAAGUAUUUCUCAAGAAACACAAUAUUCAAUUAUUAUAAGAUAUGUUACAGAUAAAUCCGAAUUGGUCGAGCAUUUCCUAGGUUUUCAUAGUGUUAGUGAAAAUUACAACUACAAGGCUCGAGGUUUAUUUAAUUCAAUUCAUUCUGUUUUACAUGAAUUAGAUAUGGAAAAUAAGUUAGUAGCUCAAUCUUAUGAUGGGGCAUGUGUAAUGUCUAAAAAAUUAACUGACUUACAGUCUAGGGUUAAAGAGGUCGCACCUAAUGCUUUAUUUACGCAUUCCUUAGCCCAUGAAUUAAAUUUGAUAUUGCAACAAGGUUGUAGUGUAAACGCUAAAUGUCGGAUAUUUUUUGCUAAUCUAACUGGUAUAGUUGCAUAUUUUCAUAAUUCUACGUCGCGUAUAAACGUUGUAAAUAAUAUUAUAGAGGAACCAAUUCCUCAAUUUGCUCAAUCCAGAUGGCCCUCAGAGUCAACAAUUUUACAUAUAUUAGUUAAUGAAUGGUUAGGGUUUAUAAAUGUUUUUGAUUUUAUUAUCAAUGAUCCAAAUUCAUCAAACGAGUCAAUUUGUGGUGCUAUCGGUCUUUUAAAAACCAUAAAAUCGUUUAAAUUUACUUUUUUAGCACUGCUAUUUAGUGAUAUAUUCACAUUAACGGACAUUUUAUUUAAGAAACUCCAAAAUAAAUCGUUUGAUAUAGAAUAUUGCAUAAAAAAUAAACGUUUGACAUGUGAUCUAAUAUAUGAAAAAAGAAAUGAGUCUGAAUUUUUAAUGUUUUAUAAUAAAGCAGGUAUACUCACAAAAGCUAAAAAAAAUAACUCUGAGAAUCAAUCAAUUUUUAAAAUAUUAUUUUUUGAAAUUAUUGAUAAUAUUCUUAUGCAAUUAAACAUCAGAUUUCAAGAUACAGAUAAAUUACUCUUUUUACAACUAGCUGACGUAACUAAAUUUGAACAAUAUUCCAGUAAAUUUCCAGAAAAUGCUUUUAAUGAUUUGAAAUCAACUUACUCAAAUAUAUUUAAUGAUGCAAAAAAGUUAAAAGUAGAAUUGGAAGUUUUGUAUAGCGAUGUAAAAUAUCAAAAUCUAAACCACAUUAAUGACAUGCUUAAAAUUUUUGAACAUUUUUCAUUGAAAGACGUCCUACCAGAAGCGUAUAAACUAUUUGUUCUCAUUUUAACUAUACCAUCGACUAGUGAGUCAGCUGAAAGACAUUUUACUUGUCUCGAGAAGAUUAAAACCUAUUUGCGAAAUAAUAUUUCCGAGUCACAUUUGAGUUCUCUUGCAAUACUGUCAAUCGAAAAGUCCUUGAUUCAAAAACUUAAAGAAACUGAAACUUUUUAUGAUAAUAUUAUAAAAUUGUACGCUAGUCAAAAAGAUAGGGGUAUAAAUUUAACAUAUAAAGUAUAA